GACAAUAGGGUGAUUGAGAGCAGAUUUUAUCCCCCGAGGGGGCCUCAUAACAAAGCUCCCUGAUUGCAGCCUAGUACAUGGUUGGUGUGAGUUGUCAUCAGCUUGUAGUACUACCAAAGGGACCAGCUACAGUCAGACUUAGAAAGGGAGCUGAUAUGUUCUUAUAUGACAGCUGUAAGAAAGCACAUGGAGAGGGGAAAAGAAAGCAUUAGGGGAUGUAUUUAUAGCGCUCAGUGUGCAGCUUGCCGUGAAAAGUUUAAAUAUCUUUGUUGAGAGUCUUUUCAGUCAAAGAGUGGGCUGGGUAAUCUUUACUGAAGGACGAUUGCGCCAAGCAUUGUGUUCAAACAUUGGUGUUUAUCGGACGUUUGUUUAAAAAAUACUCAACAAUCCAAGGAAUGUAGACUUUUGUGGGACUUUAACAUACGUGCAGUGUUAGUGCUGGAGAUAUUUCAGACUAAACUGGAGUAUUCUGUGUAAGAACCUUGUGUUGGUGUUACCUUGAUGCUCAUAUCCAGGUGUUGUUAAAGAUAAUUUUAUCAGUCUGGAGACUUUUUAGGGUGGCCAGUAUUUGUGUGAUUGCCGUUAUAGUGGGGCACUUACUCUGUCCAGGGAUGUUAAUUUAAUUGUGGACUAUACUACCUGAUCUAAUUGGAUUUAGGGCUGUAUGUGCUGAGCCUUAACCCCUCUCUCUCUCUACCUGCACCACAGAACUAUCUAUUAUUUAUCUGACUGAAUGUGAAGUGUCUUGUCUGGAGUUAAACAUUUAUAUAUAGAUCACACAAGAAAAAGAAGAUUGCCUGCGCCCUCGGUCGGUCGACUGCUAGCUCAGAAUUCAUCAGCUACGGAGGAGGCUUCUUUCUUUGUCCAACUUGGAAAAAUGAUUUUACUCUGGGAAUAUAAAACUUUGCUUUGGGAAUUUUAAUUUCACUGUGUUGUAAUUUUUUUUUUCUGGAUUUGAAAAAAAAAUGUCCACAUCCUCAGAGACAUUGCUGGCAAAGGCUUUGUACGACAAUGUGGCGGAGACUCCAGAUGAGCUGGCAUUCAAACGUGGGGAUGUCUUGUCAAUCCUGGAGCAGGACGCUAAUGGUCUGGAGGGAUGGUGGCUCUGUUCAUUCCGUGGGAAGCAGGGGAUUGCCCCAGGAAACCGGCUCAAGCUGUUGUCAGGAAUGACGGAGAAUGGAUACCCAGAAAACAUGUACCAAACGCCACCAUCGACCAACAAAAACUGGCAUCGCCGCAGUUGGGAUGUCAUCAGCAAUCAGGUUGUGACUCCAGUGCGGCACGGAGAUAUUUUCCAGUUUAAUACGCCACCACAGCACGACUACGACGUCCCUCCUGUACGACACAGUCGGGGUAAUUCCAUCGAUCGGACCAUACCAGAAACAGAGAUGAACUAUGAUACUCCUCCCUCUAUGAAAAACUUCGCCGAAAACAACAUGCCCGGGUUUGCUGUGUAUGACACUCCACCGUCUGCUCAAAAAGAUGGAAGAAGCAUGUCGUACAAUUCUUCUGGAGGUGAUGAUGUCUACGAUGUACCUCAACCAUCAUCCAAUAGAUCUAGCAUUGCAUCGAACAUUUCUCAUCUCUCAAAUGAGUCCACCAUGACAGUUUCAACCAGCAGUGCUUCAAACAAAAGCCGUGGAGGCAAAAAUUCGGGACCCCACAGUACCUGCGACUCUGCCCGAUCAAGCAUGGACAUAACUCCACAAGACUUUUACGAUGUCCCUCCAUCUCAACCUUCGGCUGUGUAUCAUCUGAAGCAGCCAUCUGCCGAUUCGGGAUUAGAUCUUUACGAUUCACCACCAAAGGUGAGAACAGUGCUAGAGGAUUUACCUGAUUACGAUGUGCCAAAAUCAGACUCCCCCGUUUCAAAGCCGAAAAAAUCUAACGGAAAAUUUAUCCAAUUUGGUGAAAGUGCAUAUGACGUUCCAGAUGGAAAACCCAUCGAACAUGACAUUGACGAUGUGUAUGAUGUUCCUAAAAAUAAUGCUAUUGUGAAAAAAGGUGAUAAAUCUCUAUUAAGUGACAUUCAGGAAAAUUCAAAGCCAGAUCAGCUGGAGUUACUGAAAUGUGAGGGAUCCGGUGGUGUGUAUGACAUUCCUCCACAAGUUACACGAGAUUCAAUUCUGUCUUCCAGGUCCGAUUCCUCGGACAGCACUGAUGGACAGAGAGUAUCCGGAUGUAGUCUUGGAUCUAGAGAUUCAGAUAUUCCGAUCUAUGAUGAACUUCCUUUAGAUCUGGAUGCUGCUAUGGAUCUAAUGGUGAAACUUCAGCAGGAUGUGCAGAAAUCUACAACCAAAUUAUCCAGCUUUGUAAGCAGUACCUGGAGAAAACGAGAAAACCUGGAGUCAAAACUCUAUGGGAUAAAAAUUGCCUGUAAUGGUGUCAAACAGACUUUUGAAGAGUUUUUGGAUUUUGCACAAGGAACUUUGGCAAAUUCUGCCCGUCUACCAGACCGAAAACUAAUUCAUAAACUUCAUAAACAGUUAAAUCCACUACAACAAACAUUGUUCCAAAUCAAAAUAUGCAUCACAAAUCUUGAUGAGAACAACUGGCAGGUUUCAAGACUCGUAUCUGAUGAUCCUGCCAAAAAUGACGACCUAGGAAAAAUUGCAAACAUUUCAAAGGACCUGACCAUUGAUGUCAGAAAACUUGUGUCCAUCAUUCACGGAAAUUCAUCUCUUCUUUUCAGGCGAGCGAAGGAUGGCACCCCUAUAAAACGGGAUGGCCAUCCAGAAUCUUGCAGCACGCCACACUCAAAACCUCCACUAAGACAAAAACUAAACAGUACUCCCAAACCAGUACUGACCCCUGAGCGAGUGUCUGAUGUUCAACAGAGACCUUUACCCCUACCCCCAGGGAAGGAAAGGCCACUGCCUCCAACUCCUCUCAAAGUGACCACUGCUCAUUCCGUGGAGGGUCUAACCAAACCUGUUACAGAGAAUGAAGAUGAGGCUAAGCAGGUGUCGGAGGUCUUGAAAUCUCUGAACAUUGAAGUGAAGGACCAGAAAAGUUGCAAUGAGGAAGACAUAUUGGAUGAAUACGACUAUGUGGCCUUGGAGGCGAAAGAUGCCGAAGAUCAUCAGAAAAAUCUCCUCAGAGACCUGGAGCAGGAGAAAAGGAAAGCUGUUAUCCAUGAGGACUUGGAUGACAAACCGGUCAAAGAAUCCUCUGUUCCAGAGUUAUGUCCCUUAAAAUCACUGACAGAUAUUCAAAAUUCCCUUAGUGAGGACCAGGAUAUAAGUGAUGAAAUGGAGAGCGUGAAAACUCCAGUGAACCGAAACUUUGUGAUCGACCCUGCUAACUGUAUUCCCAACAUGAUCAAACUGGAUCCUAAUGACAAGCAAGUGUUGAAUUUCUAUUCUGGACAGUUAGACACCCAUACCACCUUACUAAACAAUGCAAUAGAUGCCUUCUUUAACUGUAUAGAGUGCGGACAGGGUCCAAAGAUAUUCAUAUCGCACAGUAAAUUUGUGGUGGUGUCGGCUCACAAACUCGUGUACAUUGGUGAUAAUCUUCACAAAAAUCUCAUGCACAAUGAGGUCAAGACCAAAAUCAUGCACUGCGCCAAUCACCUGUGUGACGCCUUAAAAUUGACGGUGAAAGCGACUAAAACGGCCGCUCUACAGUUCCCUUCCGUUCCUGUCGUACAGGAAAUGGUGGACAGAGUGGUGGACGUUUCUCACGCUGCGUAUGAACUCAAAACCGUGAUCGGCCAGGCAUCUGCAUUGUAAAUCAUUGUUCCAUAAGUGCUUUAUAUAUUUUGAAUAUUAUUUAUUAUUUUGAUGUCUUUUACUCUGGCUGUUAAUCGACUCAGAUUUUUUUUUGGCUGGCCUCUGUUGAGGUUUUAUUAAUUAAUUGCUGUUAAGGUUAUAAUUUUUUUUAAAGUUGGUAGAAUUGAUGAUGUCAAAAGAAGAUUUUUUUUUGUCUUGUUCUGCAAAUUUUGAGAAUGAACCAACAAAAUGUCAGGUUGUGCUCUAUAUACUAUGGUGUUUGGGAAGCAUUUCUAUGAAGUGUGACUUUUGAGAGCACUUCUUUGAAAUGAUAUUGCACUGUAAAUCAAUUGAUCUCAUCUGUACAACAUGGUGCUCAGAAAAAAAAUCAUCUCCUUUCCAUAAAGAACACCUUCUGAAAAGUGUUUGAGUAGAAUAUUUUAUUUAUGUAUAGCUGUUGUGUUGAAGAGCUUAUAUGCACUUUGUAUCUAUGCCAAAAAAAUAUAUACUAAGCAUUCAAAGGGAAACAACUCUUGUUAUCACCACCACUAGUUUCAGAUGAUGUGCCUUAAUAAUACACAUUCAGCAUUACUGUCAUUAGAUAUGCAAGCAACCAAGCAGUAGCCUUAGUCCACAACAAAGUACAAUUAAUAUUGAUUAAUGUGUUCAGCCUUCUUUAUACCAGGUAGAUUCUCAUGUUGUUCUCAUAAAAAGAAAUUCAUUCAAUUCAAUUCAUUAAAUGCCGACAGAAUCAUCUUUCCUAUUCAUAUUACAACUGUGAUACUUCCAUUACAACAUAAUGUACAUUGGGUAUAUAUAUAUAUAUGUAAUUUCGUCACAUAAAAAUUCGACUAAAUUAAUACUACCAAAACAUUUUUUUGUCUGUAACAGUCACCUUGUUAUCACAGUACAAAACUAGCAGAGUACCUGUCAUUAUGUAAUAUGUAGGUUACUACACCGACGACACGCACCAAUCUCCGUCGGGUUUUGAGUUGUGUCCGGGAAGGAGGGUGGGGAGAUGUGUGGGAUUUCAAUGUACUACUGUCUGCAUGUUACAAAGCAAUAAAAAGUAUUAAUCUACAA